AGCACUCGGCGCCUCCGGGAGGGGACCGCGCCCGCCCCAUUUGAGCCUCGGAGCCCGGCCGGACCAGGUUAAAAAAUGUCCUUCUAUGCUUGACACCUACAGACCACAUGUUCUACAGGAACUAAUCAAUGGUUUUUCCUGGAGAGACAUCAGAAACAUAAGAUAUGGUGCCAAAAGAACUCCUUACCUUUCUCUGACUAUGGUUUAUUUGGACAUACUUUUCUAUUGAAGAGAAGUAUACAAACCGAGGCUACUCGUACAGAGACUCUGUUCGUGUAAGAUCAUGGACCAUCCUAGUAGGGAAAAGGAUGAAAGACAACGGACAACUAAAGCCAUGGCACAAAGGAGUGCACACUGCUCCCGACCAUCUGGAUCCUCAACAUCCUCUGGGGUUCUUAUGGUGGGACCCAACUUCAGGGUUGGCAAGAAGAUAGGGUGUGGGAACUUUGGAGAACUCAGAUUAGGUAAAAAUCUCUACACCAAUGAAUAUGUAGCAAUCAAACUGGAACCAAUAAAAUCACGUGCUCCACAGCUUCAUUUAGAGUACAGAUUUUAUAAACAGCUUGGCAAUGCAGGUGAAGGUCUCCCACAGGUGUAUUACUUUGGACCAUGUGGGAAAUACAAUGCUAUGGUGCUGGAACUCCUUGGCCCUAGUUUGGAGGACUUGUUUGAUCUCUGUGACCGAACAUUUACUUUGAAGACGGUAUUAAUGAUAGCCAUCCAGUUGCUUUCUCGAAUGGAGUAUGUGCACUCAAAGAAUCUCAUUUACCGAGAUGUCAAGCCAGAGAACUUCCUGAUUGGCCGACAAGGCAAUAAGAAAGAGCAUGUUAUACACAUUAUAGACUUUGGACUGGCCAAGGAAUACAUUGACCCCGAAACCAAAAAACACAUACCUUAUAGGGAGCACAAAAGUUUAACUGGAACUGCAAGAUAUAUGUCCAUCAACACACAUCUUGGCAAAGAGCAAAGCCGGCGAGAUGAUUUGGAAGCUCUAGGCCAUAUGUUCAUGUAUUUCCUUCGAGGCAGCUUACCCUGGCAAGGACUCAAGGCUGAUACGUUAAAAGAGAGAUAUCAAAAAAUUGGUGAUACCAAAAGGAAUACUCCCAUUGAAGCUCUCUGUGAGAACUUUCCAGAGGAGAUGGCAACCUACCUUCGAUAUGUCAGGCGAUUAGACUUCUUUGAAAAACCUGACUAUGAGUAUUUACGGACCCUCUUUACAGACCUCUUUGAAAGGAAGGGCUACACCUUUGACUACGCCUACGAUUGGGUUGGAAGGCCUAUUCCUACUCCAGUAGGGUCAGUUCAUGUAGAUUCUGGUACAUCUGCAAUAACUCGAGAAAGCCACACACACCGGGAUCGGCCAUCACAACAGCAGCCUCUUCGAAAUCAGACUGCAUCGUCAGAACGCCGAGGAGAGUGGGAAAUCCAGCCCAGCCGGCAGACCAAUACCUCAUACCUGACGUCUCACUUGGCUGCAGACCGCCAUGGGGGAUCAGUGCAGGUGGUUAGCUCAACCAAUGGAGAGCUGAAUGUCGAUGACCCCACUGGAAACCACUCCAAUGCACCAAUCACAGCUCAUGCCGAGGUGGAGGUAGUGGAGGAAGCUAAGUGCUGCUGUUUCUUUAAGAGGAAAAGGAAGAAGACUGUUCAGCGCCACAAGUGACCAGUGCCUCCCAGGAGUCCUCGGGCCCUGGGGACUGUGACUCGAUUGCACCUGAAGCUCCUACCAUUUCUCAUUGGAAGGGACUCCUCUGUGGGAGAGGGUGGAGAUUCAAACCAAAAAGAAAACAGAUGCCCCCAGAAGGAGCCAGUGUGGGCAGCCAGGGCCCAGUGGGCCAGUGGCCAUCCCCACCUGCCUAAGGCUCUGAGCAGGUCCCAGAGCUACUGCUCCUCCACUGCUUGCCCUUGGGGCUACCUGGUUGACUCUCCUUCCCAUUGUUUACAGUGAAGUUGUUAUUCACAAAAACUCAAGGACUACUA